CCAAGAAGAGAAGAUAUAUCUUCCUUCCGCUCUUUCCUCCACUUUCUCCCCACAUUGAUCCCAGCUGCUUUGCCUUCGACUCCGCUCUCGUGACUGCCUCCUUCACUGCGUCUCAGUUGUGGCAGCUUCGGUUGCGCGGCGGAGCACAGAUAAAAGCUCUCGUGGAUCCCCGCGGCGCUCUGGUAAUUGUUUGGUUCAGUUCAAUGUUCGUUGAAUUUACAGUAGUGAAAAGGCUAAUUUCUUUCAAUCAAUUUGUCAUUUCAUUGUAAUGGCAUUUGGAAGGGUAAUCUUUCGUAAUGUUCAAAUGCUGAGUUAAGUGAAAUUGGCAAAUUGCUAACAUCCGGUGAUUUAGUUAGUAUGGGCUAGGCUGAUUUUUUGGGACUGAAUCAUUCUUUGUGAGACAAAUGUGAUGUCUUUUUUCGAGUUUUUAGUUAGCUUUCUAAUGUAGUUGAUUGUUGGAUCCUUUGAUGACUCUGCUUAGAUGAGUAUAUCCUGCUUUUGGGUUACUUCUGAGCUUCUGUUGUGGUGCUGUGAGAUUUUCAUCUGCUCCAUCCAGGGUAGUUUACUGCAGAUAUGCACACUAUUCACCGCGUAAUAUCUCGGUUAUCCUCAACCACGGUGUGCAGUAGUACACCUGCAUCGAGAUUUCUAAAGGAAACAAGUGCUACAUCUGCAUUUGGUGCUGAAGCAAGUCAAUUCAUUAGGGCACGUGGCUUUUCUUCACAGUCGGGCGGUAGUGGUGGUGGUGGUGGUGGAAAUCAGGGAACGAACGAUUGGGAAAAUUCUGCUGCAGGUGGAUCGUCCUUCGGUUCGACCGGGUCUGAUGAUCUGGGAUGGGACUCUGUUUCAUCAUGGUCAACUGGAUUGACCAAGGAUCAUUUUGAUGGGGAGAUGGUUGGCAAGAUGGCAAGUUCAACUGGCAAGGAAAACACAGCUUCUCAGUCGUUGAAGAUAUCUGAGUUGCAGGAUCUUGAUGAUAAGUUAAACGAACUGGAUGCAGAGAACAAGAAAGGGAGGGCUUUUGUUAAUGGAUGGGGGGAGAGAUUACGCGAAAUAAGUGGGUUGUUGAAGCAAGUAGAGGAGCCUGGUGCUAGAGGAUCUUAUCUUAAGGAUUCAGAGAAGGCAGAGAUGUAUCGGUUGCACAAAGAGAACCCUGAAGUGUACACUGUUGAGAAGCUUGCCAAGGACUACAGAAUCAUGAGGCAGAGAGUGCAUGCCAUUCUCUGGCUCAAGGAAGAGGAGGAAGAGGAGAGAAAGCGUGGUCGUAUCCACGAUGACUCAGUCGAACUUUUGCUUGAUACCUGCCCAGAAUUUUUCAAUUCCCAUGACAGAGAGUUUCAUGUAGCAUCUCUUCCUUACAAACCUGAUUUCAAGGUGAUGCCCGAGGGUUGGGAUGGUACAACUCGGGAUCCAGAUGAAGUCCACUAUGAGAUAUCCAUGAAAGAAGAUGAAAUGCUGUACCAAGAGUUUGUCCAGAGGAUGGAAUUCAACAAAAUGAAAAUUGCUGGGAAGGUUAAAUGCCACAAAUAUAGUAGGCGGCGCCCAUCUGAAGGCUGGAACUUCACAGUGGAGAAAAUGGGCCCUCAAGGAAAGCGUGGAGGUGGCGGUGGCUGGAAGUUUGUAAGUUUACCAGAUGGCUCCAGCCGACCUCUAAACGAGACAGAGAAAGUAUAUGUGAAGCGAGAGACUCCACUACGGAGGCGCAAGAUUUUCCCAUGAUUUCAUUAUCAUCAGAUUCCGACGGCAAGGGUUAUUGAUUAGGAGUAGUCUGGGAAUAUCUUCAGUGAUACGAGCUUGGGGUAAUCACUCUGUAUAAUAAGAAUGAAAGGAAGGC